UGCUCUCUCUCUUCUUCCCUUUACCUCUUUUUAUCUUUGCUUCCAUGCAUGGAUUUCUCCUCCUAAAUAUAGUGAACUUGUACUUGUGGAGAGAGAGAGAGAGAGAAACAAAGGGAUAAACAAAGAAAUAGUCACUCUCUCUCUCUCUUUCUUAGUAUUUCUUCUUUGGCUUUGCUCAUUGCCAUCAUUUACAACAAAGGCAAUUGCCCCACAAGCUCUCCCAAUUUGAUCUUUUUUUUUUUCCUUCUCUUGAAAAUUUCAACUGCACAAGAAGCUAAAUGAGCUAGUUGACAUUCACUUCCUAGGCCUCUGGUUUUGUUUGUCUCCCUCUUUUUUUCUACAUCUGGAUCUUUUUCUUGCUGCAGAGUUCUGUGAAAUCUGAGAAAGCUUCUUGUUCAAUCACCUCAGGAAGAUGAUCUGACACAAUUUACUCUUCAGAUUUGAACUUUCACCGUGUUUUUCUGAUCUGGGUCUCCGUCUCAUUGUCUUUUCACUGAGAGGGUCUUCUGUUUCAUUACCAUUUUAGCCAUUGUUUCCGGUUCUUUGAUCAGAUUUUGAAGUUUUCAAUUGCUUGUCCGAUCUGCUUCUCUUAUUUCUUCAAUUUCUGUGAUUCAAAUCCAUGGAAGAAGGCCAACAAUUCAAACAUGUAUGCAAGUUCUGCAGCAAGAGCUUCUCUUGUGGUAGAUCCUUGGGUGGUCACAUGAGGUCUCACAUGAUUAAUGACAUUUCAGCUCAAGCUGAUGGCUCUAAGCUCACCAAGAAAAAGCUUCCAUCUCUCCCCAGCAAUAAUGGAGCUAAUAACAAUACCAACAGCACUGAAACUGCUGGUUAUGGCCUUAGAGAAAAUCCAAAGAAGACAUGGAGACUUGCAGAUCAUUCAAGUGAAGAUACUUCACUCCUUGAAAAAUUCUGCAAAGAGUGUGGCAAAGUAUUCCAAUCUUGGAAAGCUUUGUUUGGCCAUAUGAAGUGUCAUUCACUAGAGAAAGAAAAAUUUUCCAACAAUAACAGUCUGGAAGAACAGCAAGAUUCUUGGACCAGUGGUAAUAACCAGAAGCUGGUCAUGGACAGCCAAUCUGACAACGAAAUUGCUGCUCCUAAUCGAAGAAAGAGAUCACAAAGAAGAAUUAGGUACAUGGGUGCUGCAAACUCUUCUUCUCUGUCUUUUGCUAAUAAUGCUUCCUCUUCUGUCUCUGAAAUUGAGCAAGAACAAGAAGAGGUUGCUAUGUGCUUGAUGAUGCUUUCUAGGGAUGUUGGUCAGUGGGGUGGCUUGAAUUCUGUUGCUGCUGAGUCCUCUGAUAACAAUGCUGCAUUUCUUGAAACUAAUUUGGUUAGUUCUAAAACUGAGGAUAAGCCUUCUGUUUGUACUGGUGCUGAGACUCUGAAAAUGAAAAAACUUGGUGAGAAGUUGGAGAUGGGCAAAUUGGAGGAUUAUGAUGAUCUCAAAGUUGAAAACAGAGGGUUUACCAAGAAUAAACCAAAGAAGUGUCAGCUAGAUGAUGAAUGUGAGACUGAAAAUUCUGGAGUUAAAUUGGGCAAGAAUUUGACCAAGGAAACUGGCUUGGAACAAUCUGAAAUGGUUCCCAGCAAGUGCAGUUCAAGCAAGAGAAAGUUAAGAGACUCUUUUGAUCCUGAAUUGAAGUCAGAUUACUUGAAGAAGCUGAGAACAAAUGCUUCAGAUUCUGAAGUAUGCAAGAACUCUGAUAGAAGCAGCAGAUUUGAGUGUACUACCUGCAACAAGGUGUUUCAUUCUUACCAAGCUUUAGGAGGCCAUAGAGCUAGCCACAAAAAGACUAAAGGCUGCUUUGCUUCAAGAAUUGACAGUAGUGAGAACAGCAUUGAAACUGAACUAUCUCCUGACUCAACAACAGAGAGUAAAAUCAUCAAAUCAAUCAAAAAUGAAAUUUCUUCUGAUCACUUGGCCAUAGAUUGUGACAGCAAAGCUGAGAUAAGUUAUGGGGCAAAGAAGAGUAAAGGACAUGAGUGCCCUAUUUGUCUCAAAGUGUUCCCAUCAGGACAAGCACUGGGUGGUCACAAGAGGUCUCACUUAGUGGGAGCCAAUGAGGCUAAAAACAACCAAACCAUUACAAUUCAAGAAGCAAUUCCACCCAUUAGAGACUUCCUUGAUCUUAAUCUUCCUGCUCCUGUUGAAGAAGAGAGCAAUGGCCUUGUGGGUUUUAAUCCAUGGUGGAUUGGAAGUGGCCACAAUCAUGAAUCCCUUGUAAGUUUGAUAUCUAACCAAGUUCUUUAAUCCAAAUCAUGCAUGGUUAAUUUUCAAUAAAAAGAAGAUUCAAGAGUGUACAGAUUCAUUCAUUCUUUCAAAGAUUUAGGCCUACUUCACAUUCCAAUCCCACACUUGUGCCUGGAUACUGCAAUACUGUAAUUGAAUUUCAAUUUUACUUAAAUCACAUUCAAAGUGUACUUGGGGAAGCAAAA